UUCUUCUUACACAGAUCUCCUCCAACUGUUGCGAGGGUUACGUACGGACUCAUCCACCAUGAAGCUCUCUUUCUCUAUCCCUUCCAAACCCAAAUCCAAAUCCAAUUCCGGAUCCGGAUCCGGAUCUAGAGUUAGGUUGAAUUCCGACAAGAAGGACGGCGUCGAUGAAGGAAAUCUCAAGGAGUUCGUCACUGAAUUCGAUCCCUCCGAAACCCUAACCCACGCCAAACCGAAAUACGUAAUACCUCCCAUUGAGGACCGUCGGAGGAGCCCCUGCAAGAACAUCGAUCUCCCGCUUCAGUCUUCUGGUCUCCAAUUCGAGGCCGAGGUUGUGGUUCCCUCUGUCUCCAAUAACAACACUUCGUACGGUUUAAAUCUGCGUCAGAGAGCCGACGCUUCGAAGACAGAGCCUGUGGAGCAGUUGCUACUGAAAAGCAUGAGGAAAGAUCUGGCAUCACUCCCUGAUGCUCCUGAACUAAAGGACUUCGAGAGCUUUCCUGUGGAUGGCUUUGGAGAAGCGUUACUUGCUGGCUAUGGUUGGAAACCAGGUCAGGGUAUAGGUCUUAAAGCUAAAGAGGAUGUUAAGAUUGUUGAAUACAAGAAGUGGUCUGGUAAUGAAGGAUUUGAAAUUGGUAAAUCAGACAAAUCCAGAAACAACAUUACAGGCGGAGGUGGAUGCCAGGAGGAAGUGAAAGUAGGUAUCAAUGAGGAGAAAUAUAGAGUAGUGGUGAGUAAACGCAGUAGAGAAACAGAGAGAGAAAGUCGCGCUGAAGUUAGAGGCUGUAAGAAGAACUAUAGAGGAGGUCAAACUAGAGAGAAGGCCUCAUGGCUUACAAGUCAUAUAAGGGUGAGAAUAGUAAGCAAGGAUUUGAAAGGUGGGAGGUUGUAUCUUAAAAAGGGAGUGGUGACCGAUGUUGUUGGGCAGACAACUUGUGAUAUCACUAUGGAUGAGACGCAGGAGUUGGUUCAAGGGAUCGAUCAGAAGUUGCUAGAGACCGCAUUGCCUAGGCGAGGAGGGCGGGUGUUGGUUCUGUCGGGUAGACAUAAAGGUUGUUUUGGGAGUCUUGUUGAGAAAGAUUUGGAUAAGGAAACUGGUGUUGUUUGCGAUGCUGAUAGCCAGGAGAUGCUUAAUGUUAAACUUGAACAAGUCGCCGAGUACAUGGGUGAUCCAGCUGAUAUUGGGUACUGAGCCAUAUUUAACUGCAAAAUCAUGUGUCAAUACUUACAUUGUUAGCAUUCAAUUGGCUCUCUCUGUGUAGAGAAGACACAGUUUAGCUUGUUGUUUCCUAUAUAUUUUGCAAGUUCAAGUUGAGUAUACUUUUGAUUCUGCUAAGUUACAAAAGAGCAGACUUGAGUUUUUAUUAUAUUUGAUGUACUGUGUAUUUCUCUUUAUUGUGGCACGAGAGCUAUGGAUAAGUUGUUAUCAUUUUACAUGUGUAAUGUGUGUAUACUCGUGAUUUUCCUGAUGAAAUAAUUAAGCAAGCAGUAAGAUGCAGAGGUA